AUGGCGUCGUUUGACGAGUUAUUCGUACCGUUACCAGCGUUUCGAACGGCAGUUUGCCGCGAGCACCGCACCGCCGUCACGGCCAAGUCGGUCGCGCGGCACGUCAAUUCGCAUCACGGCCAUUUAGCGGCGUGCACCCGGCGAUGCAUUGUAGAGGAGGCGUCGGCGUUGCACGGAAACGGUUGUUGGCCGGCGAUAUACAUGACUGACAUCCGGUUCCCCGACCAGGUCAUACCCGUAAUCGAUAGUUUGCCCGUUUGGAGCGAUGGCAAGCGGUGUGUGCAGUGCGGGCACAUACGGCGCACGAGGCAGGACAUCCAGAAGCAUUGCCGGUUGGAGCACGGUUGGGCCAACCCAAGGAGGCGUGGCGGCAAACCCGGGGGGCGAGGCCGGCCGGCGGGUUAG